CUGAAACGGCUCGUUCUCCCGUGGUGUGGGGCCGUGGCGGGUAAAGUGCCCCGCGUGCUCCUGUCCACGCGCGAGCUCCUGUCCACGCGCGUGCUCCUGUCCACGCGCGUGCUCCUGUCCACCUCCCUCCAUCCACCUGCAGCUCACCGCUGCUGCCUCAGUAAACGAGGGUUUCUCUCUGAGAUGUUUUCACACUCUAUGGACCCCAGCAUGGUAGAAGGAGGACUUAAUGUCACCCUAACCAUCAGGCUACUCAUGCACGGGAAGGUGAGUUUGGCUUCCUGCUUUGGGGGGGACGUUUGCGGCCUGGCCGACCCCUCUCCGGGUCCCAAACGGCCAGUGAACGCGCUAACCCGCAGACACUCUCCCGCCUUUGGGGGGGUGAUCUUGUGCCCAGCUGCCCCGUCCCUCUCGUUCUGGGAGGGGAGGAACAGGUGGGCCGGCCAGAAGGCCCGCGAGGACUCCCACGCAGGAAGUCCGGCGCUACUCCUAGUCUGA